CGUGCCACACUGAUGACUCGUGCUCACGUGAGCAUUUCUGUCCGGAAACUGGCUGCCUAGCUAAUGACUGAAGCUAACGGUUUAGUGGGUUAUCAGGUCACUGUGUGAGUCACCGAGUGAGUUUUAUCUCACAGUGAGAGAGGUCAUGAGACAAAAGUGUCAGAAACAUUAAAAAUACCCUCUAAUGUGCUUGAUAAUUACUGAUUAAACACUAAAUACGAUUGAAACUGCUAUCGUUGCUAGCUGCUAAACUGACGUGAAGCUCUCGUGCGGCUCCACAGGCGUCUCUGAUUGGCUGGUUUGAAUCCAGGCGUCCAAUGAGUGGUCAGAGCGGAAGGUUUAAAAAAGCUCCGUUUCUCUGAGGUAAUGCCGAAUAAAAACAAACAGCGGUAGCAGAGAGGGAGAGAGAGCUAGUGUGUUAGCGGCGAUUAGCCGUGUGUAUUAACAAUAAAAUACAAUCUCAUGUUAAAAAAGAGCUUAAAGAGAAUAAAAUAAUUCAGUUGAAGAGCGAAUUUGAGAAUAAUAACAUAACAGAAUGGACAUCGACUAUUAUGUUCAAAGCUUCGUGUCGUAUAUGCAGAGUUGGGAUAAAGAUGACCCUCUCUGGGCCUGGGAGAGGUUUUUUGAGUUUAUGGAUCCCAGACUUGCUGAAGAUGAGAAAUCUAAACUGUCUGCGGUGACGGAGAAGAUUAUAAAGACGUUCCUGCCGGACAGACGUUACCACAAUGACCUCCGCUUCAUCAGCUACUGCAUCAGAUACGCCAAUGGUCACUCGGACCCUGUGAAGGUGUACAAUGACCUCCACAGCAGUGGUGUGGGGCUGCAGUUAGCUCCUCUGUACAUCAGCUGGGCUCAGCAGUGUGAGAGCAGGAACCUGACCACAGAGGCGGAGCAGGUCUAUCAGAAAGCCCUGGAAAACCGAGCAGAACCUCUGGACACUGUGCAGCGCCAUUACAGGUUAUUACAGAGCAAAAGAGGGCAGUCUCAGACCACUCCCUCAGUAGCAGUGAAUACUCCUCUGCAGGACUCUCAGCUGGUUAAUCAGCAGCUACCUCAGAGCAGUGACACACAGCUCCAGUGUAAGGAUGGAGUGAUUCCUCAGCCUUCUGAAGUCAGAUAUGUCCGUGUAAUCUCCCGGUCUGAGAAUAACCCUCCAUCAAGCAGCAGAAGUGACACCAAGUUUGUGUCCAUGUACUGUGUGAGUGACCUGGUGUGUGAGGGGUCAGAGCUGAGCUUUGAGGAGCUGAGAGCACGGAGGUAUUUUGCCAAACUGAGACAGCAGGAACUGCAGAGAGAGCAGGCGGAGGUGAUGAGGAGAUAUGAGGAGGAGGAAGAGAAAGUGGCGAGAAUGAAGAUGAUGUUAGAGGAGCUGAACAGCAAACUGGAUGUUGAGCCACAGGAUACUUCCAGGCCACAUUCUUUCCAGACCAUGGAGGACACCCCUAAUCCCACUGACCAAUCAGAACCCCUCAGUGGCCCGUGUGCGUCUGCUUCCGUGUGUGAGCAGUCCCUCACACACCGCACAGAUGCAUCACUUGCUCAGAAAAUGCAAGACACACUCAUUGCACACACGCGCGCAUCUGUGGAGCCGAGACCAGGAGUGUGUGUGGGCCAAGAGACACACACUCAAGCACAGGACCUGCUCGAGAGUGAUGUGUUUUGUGAAGAGGAGGAUGGGGAUGUGAACACGGACGUGUCUCAUGGAGUCUUUCAUCACUCCCACGUCACCCCUAACACAUCUCUGGGUCUAAACUCAGCUACUCCUUCACGUGCACUUCCUUCCCCCACUGUCAAUACCAGAGAGGCACUGGAUCUGAUCGGGAACAUGUUCCAGGGACCGACUCUGCUCCAGGACUCACAGUUCAGCAUAGCACACAUCAACACUGCUGCUGCAGAAGACAGCUUUGAAAAGACCUGCAAAGUCACUGGUUUUGCUCCGUCCUUGGUGAAAGCUCCCUCCUCAGCUCCGUUCAGGAUUUAUCAGGAUGAAAAUAAUGAGAAUGGAAGUGUGGAUCCACAGGUGGUCUUCAAGCCCAAACCUGCUGGACUUUCUGCCCUGAUGGACAUCCCUGUCUUUACAGAUAAAGUCACUCCACAGGGGGCAGAGUCUCUUACAGAUGAAAGCACAGUGUCCGGUUCUGGACGUGCCCCUAUGGCCGCCUUUCCCAAUCACACGCAAGAGUUAACUCUCUCUGCCCAGUUAAUGUCCACUCCACUCCAUCCAAUUGCACCAUACUCCUGGGACACACAGCACAGUCAAGUGGAAAGUGGAGCAGAGGUAAACCCACACCUGCGCCAGCCGGCCAAACUCAGUCCAAUUUGGGAGCAGAGUCCCCCUGAGGAGAUGCAGUGUAGCAGUGCUGAGUAUUCUUCGAGAGCUCAGGGAACAAUCGUGGAGGAGUGCUUAGGUAUGCAGAGACACGCCCACUCUCUGUCACAGCCCAGUCAGACCAAUACCCCCAUCAACAAUCAGGUGUUUGCACCGCUCCAUAAAACCAGCAGGUUGAACAUCUUUCAGGAUACAAAACCAGAUCAGGUUGAUUCAGAACACUCACAGCUGUCAGAUGUGGAGGAAGCUGAUCUUCUCCUCCCUGAGAGGUCCUUCAAUAUGACCAAGUCUGUCCGUCUGCUUUCGGAGAACCCUCAGAUGUACCAGUGGAAAUCCUUCCACAAAGGUCCACAGAGCCCAGGUCCGGUGCUGAGGGCGGGCCAGGACGUGCCUAUGAGUCUGGAACAACCUCUAGGCUUCGGCUGGCUUCAGAUGAAGAGUCCAGUCCAGACGGCUAAAUCUGUCACGGACUUGGAGUCAGCGCCUCAGACCAGCAGACCUGGAUGGACCAUAUACUCGGACCAGCACUCAUCCUCGGUUCUGGAGCGGUCCGGAAUCUCUAGAAGAUCAUUUGGUGAACACAAAUCUGAAAAAACACUCUUCCCAACUUUAAUCGCUGCGGAGAAGUCAGGCUGUGCGAGUUCCAGUAGAGGCUCAGACCCAGUCUGGGAUGUUCCCAUGAGUCCCGGUGCAGAACCGGGACUGAACUGGAUCUGCUCGGAGGUUCCUGUAGUGGAGGCACAGGAAGGUCUGGACGUAGUGAUGAUGAGUCCACAGCAGAACAAUAAAACAUGUACAAUAAUGAAUGAUCUGGAAAUUUCCCAAAAGCUGAACUAUGAUGAUCCCAUGAGUCCCACCCAGCCCUCGGCUCCGCCCACAGCCUCAGUGUUGAUCUCUGACCCAUGGGAUGAUGACCUGAUUGUGUCUCUUCUCGCUGGUCUGCGCACUCCUUUGUCCUCAUACCCCAACCUGAACACCUGGUCCUGCCGUAUUCCCUCCAUCGUGCCCAAACUUGCUGUGGAAAUGGGGGAUGAUCAUUUGCGUGUGGACUGUGUUUUGGGUCAUGGAGCUUUCGCCACAGUUUAUCAGGCCACCAACCUCGACAACUCGCACAAACUCAUCCUGAAAGUACAGAAGCCCUCAAAGCCGUGGGAGUUUUACAUUAACACUCAACUGGACGUGCGAGUGGAGGCGUCGGCUCGUCACCUGUACAACCAGCUGUACGCCGCUCAUGUGUUCAACAACGGCAGCGUGCUUAUCGGAGAGCUGCACAACUGUGGCACACUUCUGAACGUGGUGAACCUGUAUAAGAGCCGUGGUGAGAAAGUGAUGCCACAGCCUCUCCUGCUGUAUUUCACAGUGUGUCUCCUAGACACGGUGGAGCGACUGCAUGCUGCACGCAUCAUCCAUGCUGACAUCAAACCAGACAACAUCUUGCUAGGAGAGAGGUUCCUGGAGAACAAGAACCUCCUUGAGGAGAACCUGGAGCAUGGUUUGGUUCUGAUUGAUUUUGGUCAGAGUAUUGAUAUGACUCUGUUCCCCGAUGGAGCUCAGUUCAUGGCCCACUGCAUGACCUCUGGCUUCCAGUGCACGGAGAUGCUGAGCGGCCGACCCUGGACAUAUCAGACAGAUUACUUUGGCGUGGCUGGCACUGUUCACUGCAUGCUGUUUGGCUCGUACAUGCAGGUGAGGAAUGAUGGAGGAGUGUGGAAGACCAACGGAGUGUUUAAGAGGAAUCCUCACAGUGAUCUGUGGCAGGAGUUUUUCCACGUGUUGCUGAACGUUCCUGACUGCUUCUCCUUGCCAUGUUUGCGUGAUCUACGUCUGCGCCUGAGAGAUGCCCUGAUGAUGAACUACAGCAGCAAACUGCUCGGCCUCAAGAACCGCCUCGCCGUGCAGAUCCUCGAGUCCAGACCCUCCUGCAGAUAGGGCUCUCCUCUGGACAUUAGCUCCUCAGUCUCAUUUGCUCAGGUGCUCCUGCUUUCACAGGUUUUGUAAAAAGUCACUUUUACUUUAAGAUUUUUAAUGAAAAUGUUUUUUUUAAUUAAUAUCAAUAAA